CACUGAGGACCUGCAGCUUGUCUCCUCAAGAGGCAGGCAGUGGCGAAACCCACGUGACAGAUACAGGAAAUGAGUUGCACCGUCUCGCUAAACCGUCUGUUCCUGCUCCGUUUUCGUUUUAAAACGAGGUACCGGUGUAAACAGAAGUUGACAGUGUGUUAAAAAACUAAAUACUACAGAGGAAUAACAGCUAUGGCCAAAAGCAGGUCGAGAGAUUUCCUUGUUUGGACCGACGACGAGGUGGAACUGUUACUGAAAGUAACACAGGAGUAUAAGGAGGACAGGGCGGCAGUAAACGUAGAUUGGGAGUCAUUGCAAACAAAAUAUGGCGACAUUUUUGAGCGGUACCAGGAGAAUUAUCCAUCUCUGGAGGAAGCCAAGGCAAUGGGAAAGGAGUACCCACACAGCAAGAAUGAAAUCACAAAAGUUCAAUUGGCUACCAAAAUUAAGGCCAUACGGAUCAGAUACAGGCAAGCAAUUAACUCAGGUAGAAGAAAUGGCCAUGGGCGGGUAAUCCUGCUGUUUUUUGAGCUUUGUCGAUCCAUUUGGGGAGGAACUCUUGCUACUCAUGCAAUAUCCCAGGAUAUCAAGACGGAUGACGAUAUGGCGGUAGAGACCGUGAAAUCGAUCGGCAGCUCGCCUGAUGCUGGGUUGUCGUCCAUGCUGGGUGGGGAUGGAAUUGCAGAGGAUGCAGUGUCUGCAGAGAUUGUGGGAAGUCAACACCAGAGACUUGAUGCUACCCCUAGUGGCUUCAGGAGAAAGAAACUCAAAAGAAAACUGUCUACGGAUUCCAUUGCAGAGGAUGAUCUGGACAUUCAGAGGCGGCUUCUUCGACGAUUAGAAGCAAACCACGAAGAGUUCAUGCAGAAAAUGGACCGGUGGUCAUCUAUGAUGGACCGUAUGAACUCCAAUAUUGAGCUGCUGGUGCAGCACAUUGUCGGUUCAGGUGCCACUGACAAGACUCCACGUUACAUAUGGGAUGCUAAAAAUGGGGAAGUGUCUUUGGUGCAUGAAUGUAGGUGUGGUAACUAAAGAUUGUUUUGAUUAAUCUGUUGAGAAUCUUGUCUAUAAAAUGUCCCAAAAUUUUUUUAAAUGCUCAUUACAAAUUUCUAGAGCCUAAUUUAGAUGUCCACAAAUGGCUUGUUUUGUCCACCUAACAGUCCAAAACCCGAAGAUAUUCAAUCCCUAAAGAAAAUUAGGAAAUCACUACACUUGAGAAGCUGGGAACAGUAAAUAUUUGGCUUUCCACUCAAUAAAUGACAAUUAAAAAAAUUUCAUUUUAGCACUAUUUAUUUGUAACAUAGAAAGAAAACAGUUAAAUUGUAAGAAUAUUUGGGGGGACAUUUUUUUGCCUUUGUCAGAAUUGACAGGGGGGAGAAAAAGAUGGGGAAUAACUUGCAACAAAGGACUUAAACAGUGGACGUUCCAGGUAAUGAUUAGCGCCUGAAAUGCUUGCCACUCAAAUACUGUAAAUGUUCCUAUAAUCAGUUCCACUUUAUUGUAGGUCAGGUGCUUGAUAUCUGCUCUGCGAUAACCUCUCAGAUAAUAUACCCACUCAUAAAAUAAGCAUAAUACAGAGCCUGUUUAACUUUAUGGUGUGUAGUAGUGUUUUAUUAGGCUAUGCAGUUCACCUACUUGGUAGCUCUUCAGACGGAUGAACUCCACCCGGGUCUCCAGGUACUUGUUGGAGUUGCGGCCGAGAACCUUGAGGAACUCCACCAGAUCUGCACAGAACUUGUAGCCUCCCUUCAAGACGCACAGCACCAUUAUGUUGUCCUCAAAAUCAUCCAUGACAUAGCGGGCCAGACGCUCCACCCUGCAGGAGAAAUCGCAUUAAGACAAAUGCAAAUGACCAGUUAUUGGGUAUGUAGAUGGUCUUGAACCUCUCAAAGAGGUCGAUGUCGUUCUCCAGCUGCUUCAUCGCCACUUCGAGACGCUGCUUCUGGGACUUCUUGGACAGGUUGUCUGUGACGAGUGAGAGGCCCUGGUACUCGUGGUGCAGCUCGUCCCAGUUCUUCUUCAGGCCCUGCAUGGUGAACCCACAUAGGGAAACCCAUCACUAUCACAAUAAAGUCAGCUUGAUAAUAUGACUGUCAGGAUUCAAAGCUUUUAUGUAGCAAACAGCCAUCAAGUCUGAGGUAUUGUCUAUGUAUAGACAUCCAGGAAGAACCCAAGACACUCGUUCUUUAA